GGUGUGUCCGCCUAUAAACACGCCGGCUGCUUCCAGGCCUCCCGUUGCUGUCCCCUGGUGUCCCGGCUCCCUGCACCCAUCUCUGUCCACUCCUCGCCGAGUGGAACCCUCCCGCCGUGUGCGCCUUUUUCUCCCGUGUCGGUGGGAAUCUCCACGCUCGCCGCAGACCAUCAUGCUGACCCUGGUGGCGCUGGCCUCGCUCGUCGUCCUGGGAAUAGUGCCCGAAAAGUCUGAGGCCAUCGUGAUCUACACGGGCUGGGAGCGCCACGCCCUGGUGGGCUCGGACGUGCGGCUCUCCUGCUCCUUCUUUUCCUGGCGCUGGACCUCUGAGGACGUCACCUUCUCCUGGACGUACAGGCCUGACGGCUCGCGGGACAGCAUCUCUGUGUUCCACUACACCGGGGGUGUGGCCUACGUGGAUAACAAAGGCCCCUUCAGGGACCGCCUGGAAUUCGUGGGCGACCCCAGCCGCCGCGACGGCUCCAUCCUGCUAAAGAACUUGGACUUCGCCGACAAUGGAACCUUCACGUGCGACGCCAAGAACCCUCCCGACAUCGUGGGCCGACCUUCCAGCGUGCGCCUGCUGGUGUUCGAAAAGGUGCCCAUCCAGGCGGGCGUGAUCACGGGCUCCAUCAUCGGGGCGGUGCUGGGCCUGCUGGUGCUCAUCGUGGUCAUCUACUACCUGAUGCGCUUCCUGGUGGCGCGCCGCGUCUUCAGCCUCAACGUCAGCAAACAUGGCAAGAAAAAGAAGGAGGGAUCACAGCAGAGACAGAUAAAGGUCUGACUCCUCCGUGACGCCUCCGCCUCUCUAGCCUGCUCAACGCCACCCCCUCCCCUUCUGCGCUCUGCCGCCAUUACUCGCCAUUAUCUCUCUUCCUUUCAAGCAGGCUAUAAGAGGAAUAGUCCCGCUCCGUCGGUGGCAGCAGUGUCAAAUAAUUCCCCGUCGCCUCGCCGCCGCCGCCCCUUUAUGCACUCGUCGGGCAAAGUGUAAAAAGUGUUUAAGGCCUAACUGCGCUCGUAACCUCCGCCAGAGGAGCCUUCUAGGCGUGCCUCGGGGUUUUCCUCAAUCUUCUCCUCCCCCCCCUUUUUUUUUUUACGACUCAAUCUGGCGCACAUAGCGAGCCUCGACCGCACCUCCGCUAGAGAAAUACGACGCCGGCUCGCAGCCGACGGGAGACGGCGGACGAUCGGAGCUGCCGGCCGAACGCAGCUAAUGGAGGUCGUUUUCCCCGGCUAUUUCGGGCCUUACUGUAACAGCUGCGCAUUUCUUGGAGGAGAGUGAUCUUUAAGGGGGAGUGGGGGGGAGGGUGAGCGUGGAGUGGGGGCUGGCGACUGACGAGCGGGGAUGACGUCACAGGCCAGAGGGCAGGCGGCGGACGCCCCUCUGGGAUCUUACAGUAACGAAGGCGCCCUCUUCAGUUCUUGAAGGUCCUCUUUGUGUCUUCACCUUUUAUCUCUUCCACUUCCUGUCGUCUGGCAUUAUUAGCCCACAGAAAAGUCCGCCACACAAUCCACUCUGCUCGUUAAGCCGCUCCUUAUCUGACCUCACAGCCCCGCCUCCCUCCCCUUCGUUGUCCUUCACCCCCCUACCCUCACCCUCGCAAGGCGCCAUUUCAACCUCACCUUCCUUUUGAACUUUCUGUUUCCGCUGCGCUCAAAUGCCGGUGCGCUCACCUCUGCCCCCUACUGGAAAAAACAAAACCCACCAGAGCGGGAAGCCUUUGACUGAAGAACCCCGUUCCGACCAAUGGCGGAAUGUCAGGAAUCGUUGAGUUCCGGAAGAAAAACCAUGCAGAACUGGCGCGGACGUCAUUUUUGUCGAGUAGAAACACAAACGAGCUUGAUUCCUUUUCGUUAUCGUCGUGGACAGCGAUAUUUUCUUUUAAAAUGGUAAAUUCUUGUAUAGCGCUUCUCUACCUACAAGGUACUCAAAGCGCUUUGACACCAUUUCCACAUUCACCCAUUCAUUCACACACUGAUAGCGAUGCAAAGCGCUAACCGCGACCCAUCAGGAGCAAGGGUGAAGUGUCUUGCUCGAGAACACGACGGACGUGACUGGGUUGGUAGAAGCUGGGGAUCGAACCACCGACCCUCUGGUUGCUGGCACGGCCGCUCCCACAACCCGCACCGCGCCAUUUCAACCUCAGCUUCCUUUUGACCUUUCUGUUUCCGCUGCCUCAAAUGCCAAAGCGCUCACCUCUGCCCCCUACUGGAAGAAACAAAACACACCAGGGCGGGAAGCCUUUGACGAGGGUCCCUCCUGACUGACCAAUGGCGGAAUGUUAGGAAUCGUUGAGUCCCGAAAGAAAAACCAUGCAGAAUAAGCGCGGACAUCAUUUUUGUCGAGUAGAAACACAAACUAGCUUGAUUCCUUUUCGUUAUCGUCGUGGUCCGCGGUAUUUUCUUUUAAAAACGGUAAAUACCUUUCUACCUUCAAAGUAGUCAAAGCGCUUUGAUGCUAUUUCCACAUUCACCCAUUCAUUCACACACUGAUAGCGGGGAGCUGCCAUGCAAGACGCUGACCGCGACCCAUCAGGAGCAAUGGUGAAGCUUGAGAACACGACGGACGUGACUGGGUUGGUUAGAAGCUGGGGAUCGAACCAGGAACCCUCGGGUUGAUGGCACGGCCGCUUUCCCAACCCACGCCACGCUGUCCCCAAACGAGAAUUGUUCUGACUUGUGUCGGAACCCUUCAGAAACCUGGACAAUUGAAAACCGAACUAUGCUUUUUGGUGGAAACUUGGUCAAGCUAAGCUUAAUGUAAAACAACAAAGCGACAAAACAAAAGUAGCUGACCCGAAUAAAGAUUAAAAAUAAAUAAACACGUUUUACAAGAUGGAGGGUGGAGGUGGGACUAAGAUCGGACAUUCGUCUGCACACUUCCCUUGUCACGGUGCUCCCCCCCUCCCCCCAACGUUCACCACGAGCCACAGACGGAUGGCGAUCGGGGUGGACGGCCGAGACUUGAAUGUUCCUUUCUAGUUCCCUAGCAGGAGGCGCUACGAGACGUCGUAACUGGAGAUGUUUCUUUGACUUUUCACCCGGGCCUCGUUUUUAUGGACACCACUUGUUCGAGAACGCUCCAUGCUUGGCUUACCGAGCGUAGUCCAGAACCUCAUCAUUCAUUUGGUCCUAUGAACUGUCGCACCACCCUGAUAGGACUUUCUAGAGCAGGGAUAUUCAAAUUUUUGGGGGGCGGGUUCCACAUUUCUAUAAACCUAAGGACCAAGGGACCUUAGGUUUUUUUAACUGAAUUCUCGGUCCACCAGUUGAAUAGCCUAAAUGAUGAAAAAGAGAGGACCUAAAACGUAAUUUUGAGGAACAACACCAGUAUAACUAAAGAUGAACAAACAGCUACUGACUGCAUCUCAACACCUUCGUUACGUAAAUCACGUUCCGAAAAAAAAUGUGCACCUGCCAAAAAUGAGAGGAUGCCCUGAGGAAUGUCAUUCACAAGUUUGAAACCCAGUGUUCUUUGUUUACUAGCAAAGUUGGAUCUGCCAAUGUGUUCAUAGUGGUCCGAGUUCCUCUGUAUAAAACGAGUACUCUAGUGUUUUUAGGGGUUUAUUGCAAAAAAGUUUGAAUUCUAAGUUUUGAGCUGAACUAAUAUAGUCCUGAGCCGCCAGUUGAAUAACCCUGUUCUAGAUCCAUCAGCACAGUAUGAAUUAUUCCCAACAUACAUGAACAUAUGUAAUUGCGUCCAUGGAAACCGGACCUGUCCUGUAUUUUAGCUUUAGCCCUCCAGCUAACAAAUGAGAAUGUUCACGCUAAUUCCAUUAAAACUUGUUUUCUUUGAAUGUUUUAUGAGCUGUGUUAAAUAGCAAUGUAACAUUGACCCUCAUUUGAAAUUUGACUGGAGCUUCUGUUAUGAUUAUUAUUAUUUUGACCUUUGUUUUAAUGCUUGUCGUCAUUCUUAAUGGAUGUGUAAUAUUAUUGUAAAAAGAACGUGAAUAAACAUUUAAGUCUUGA